UCUUUCUUUCUUCUUCACUCUCUGCAACACACAAAUGGAAAAACCAUCCUCAAUGAAACAAUGGAAGAAAGGUCCUGCCCGUGGCAAAGGCGGUCCACAAAACGCUCUUUGCCGGUACCGUGGAGUCAGGCAACGAACAUGGGGCAAAUGGGUGGCUGAGAUCAGAGAGCCCAAGAAAAGGGCAAGACUCUGGCUUGGCUCUUUCGCUACUGCUGAAGAAGCAGCCAUGGCUUAUGACAAAGCCGCGUUGAAACUCUUUGGCCAUGAAGCGUAUCUCAACUUACCUCAUCUUCAGAGGAAACAAGGGCCUCCUGUGAACAACACUCAGAGGUUUAAAUGGGUGCCUUCAAAGAAGUUCAUCUCUAUGUUUCCUUCUUCUCGUGGUUUGCUUAACGUGAAUGCUCAGCCUAGUCUUCACAUUAUCCAACAAAGACUAGAUGAGCUCAAGAAAAAUGGACUUCUAUCUCAGUCUUAUUUCUCUACUAGCCUUCUUGAUGAAAAAACCAGCAAGAUGUUGGAAGGUGAUGAUCAGAAGAAACCAGAGAUGGACCUGAACGAGUUUCUUCAGCAGAUGGGAAUCUUGAAGGAUAAAAGUAAAGCAGAAGCAAGUGAAGUAGCAGAAUGUCAUUACACUCCACCAUGGAGCGAACAAGAAAAAAGUGGAGGUCCUUUCACAGAUCAGAGUUUAAGCUGGGAGUCGAUGAUUGAUGAGAUGCCAGGAAGUGACACCUUAGUUAUGCAUUUCGACUCCAAUAAUUUCGGAAGUUAUGAUGAUUUUGAGGAUGAUCUAGGCUUCCCUUCCAUCUGGAACUUCUGUGGAAGCUUAGAUGAGUGAGAGGUACUUCUUGUGGAUCAGGUUCAGAAGUACACGUGUGGAGUUAGGCUUAGUGUAGUGCUUUUUGGACUAGUGUAACAUGAUAGCUGCAUGGAUAGAAAAGGGAUAUGCUCAGAGUGCAGUCUAAUGAGUCAGUGUACUUCUGAAUAUGAACGAGUUGUUCUGUGUUUUUCUUUUUGUUGUAAGCAUGUUCAUUC